AGUAGAGAUCAGAGCAGAGGUCAGAGAACAGCAUAUUGUAUAUAGCCGUGGAAGCUGGUGGACAAUAAAGAGAGGGGACUAUAAGAGGAGGCACCACAUAGGAGAAUUCGAGAUCCUAGAGAAUACAGUGCAACAAAGAAUAUGGAGAAUAAAAAACAUGUCUUUUCCAUGUAUUAUGUUUUGGCUUUAGUUUUGAUUGAUUCCCAGCUGUGGAGCAGUUCUGUCUGUGAACUGCUCCCUGGAUAUAAUAUAUAUACAAGUCCAUCGGUGACGGUGCAGCGAGGUCUCUGUGUCCAUGUUCCAUGCUCAUUUACCGUGCCCAGUGAUGUACAGUUAUCUAUAUCUACCACUGGUACAUGGUUUAAAAUCUUCAAUGAAUAUGGAGCUACUGGAACUGCUGUUACUUCUAAAAAUAAUCUUAAACAUCAGUCAUAUAAUAGACGCUUCUUUCUGACCGGAAAUGUGUCCAGCGGAGACUGCUCAUAUUCCAUAGAAGACCCAUUGCCUGCAGAUGAGGGAAGAUAUUAUUUUAGAGUUGAAGAUGGUCCCGUAAAGUUCACCUAUCAGGAUAUCCAGCCUGUGAAUGUAACCGAUCUUACAGAUAAACCUACCAUCUCCUCUACAAGGCUGGUGGAGGGGGAGAAGGUGAUAUUGACCUGUACAAGUCCUGGUAGAUGCCGGAUGAUAACACCACAGAUUACAUGGGAAGGACCCAUGACUGGUAUAAGACAGAGGAUGUAUGAUGUCACCUAUGGAGAUGGCAGCAGAACCUUCCAUUCCAGUAUCACAUUCACCCCAAGGAAGUCACACAACAAUUCUACAUUAUUCUGUAGAGUGACCUUCAAAUCCAACUUUACCACAGUGGAGAAGAGAACGCUGAAUGUUAAACAUUCCCUAUCUAUGAAAAUCACCAUGGAAGGUGCUGAUACUGAUAAUAUCACUGCUGUGAAUGUGAAGGACGGGGAUUCUAUAACUAUGAAGUGCAUUGUAGACAGUAACCCGGAGGCUUCCAUUACUUGGUAUAAAGAAGACAUUGAGGUCCAGCGGACUAUAAGUGACCGGACUGUCACCCUUACACUCAGCAACAUUACCCAGAGUGAUGCUGGGAGAUAUCGGUGUUCUGCAGAGAAUGAUCAUGGGGCCGCACACAGGACGGUAGAAAUCAUAUAUCACAGUAUUGAUUCACAUCAUUUUGGAGGAUCCAAACUCCUUAUCCCUCUUGCAACGAUCGGACCAAUCUGCUUCCUGCUGGUGCUUGCAUUGCUGGUGUUUGCUUGCUGGAGAAAAAGACAGAAGAAGCCGACAAACGCUGAGACUGAUGACACACAUGCUGAUCUGAGGUUGUCGGGUAUUACAAGUAUAUAUGAACAGCUGAAGGUAACUGAGCCCGAGAUCCCUACAGACGCCAAUGUUUUAGGACCUGAUGUAGGUGCAGCUCAUGAAUAUGAAAACUUCAGACCGAAUAAAUUUUUAAAAUAAGAAGAAAUCUGUGAUAACGUUGAAAUGGUCUUUUUACACUUUUGUAGAGUUCAUAAAAUAUAUCUGCACUUGUUCUUGGCAUCAUUGAAUUAUCUCUGCUGGACCUCUCCUUGCGUAUUCUUGGUCGUAAUGACUGUUAUCCACAUUAAAAUGUUUUGAAAGCCUCCAAAUUCUAAAUUAAGCUAAACCCCAUAGAGCUCAAGAGUCUUUUUGGUCUAGGAAAGGUAGACAGGUACAAACUAUGGGCCAAGUUAUAUAAUCAUGUAAAUGUGAUCACACUUUCAUGUUUGUCCUGUUGACAUAUGACAUCUGUGAUGUGAAACUCUGCUCAAUUAUUGUUAUUCUACAACCAGUUAUAUCACAGCUCUCCUUAAAGGGAUCGACCUCUGGGUGGGAUGGUUCUGUGCUAGUGACAGCCCAUUGCAUCAGCUCUUCUGUUUGGUUUUAGUUUGUUUUGAGUGUUAUUCUGUUUCUUUUGUACCCUAUAUAAAAAAAAAUUACUUUUUAUGUUGAACUUUUAGCUUCUUUGAAACAUUUUUACCUCUGCUAUUUGUACUGCUAUAUGUUGGUAGCCAUGACUUUACAGCUUUUUUUCUGGUGGAUGCAGGCAAUUUAUUAAAUGAAGUGAUUUAGAGAUUUGCUAGUUAUACAAUUGUCUAUUAAAGGGAAUGUGUCAUCAGAAAAAAAAAAACAGGAGAAGGAGGAUAGACUUGUGCUGGCUGGGAUGCUGGCCAGUUGUAUUUUCCAACAGGAUCCAGUGAUGCCACCUCUUAAGCUGCAAUAGAGCCCUUGUACCUACUGUAUGUUUGUGUUUGAACACUUGCGGCUUAUUUUAAUCCUGCAGAUAUUGUACAUGGCUGUAGUUUUCUGUGCUUGCAUUGUGGAUGCAAAAAAAUUCAAGCACGUGUACCAUGUUAGCUACUAGUAUGAUGUCUUGAUGCUAUAUAAAAUAUUGAUGCUAAAGUAAAAUAUUGUGGUUUUAUACCUCUUAAUGGCUAACUAAAAUAAAUGAUGUUAUAAGGCAAGCCUUCAAAACUCUCAGAUCUCUUCUU